GCAACAACAACAACCACAAUGGCCUCUGCGGCAGCGGCAACAGCAGCGUCAAUGACUGAAACAGCGCCUGAUGUUGAUGGAUGCGCCAGUGAAAUUGGUGCUACUGAUGACAUUUGCGUGGUUGAAAUGCUGCAGCCGAACAACACUGUCAGAAACAAUAAACCACACAGCAGCCCCUGCUGCACCAGGAGCCAGAGAGCUACAAGGGACGCCUGUCGCCGGCGUGGCAGCGUGGGCGGUAAAUGCAUUUGGCCUGCCACUGACUGGCUGCGCAAGUUGCGCAACAAUCAGUCACAGCCGCAGCAGCUGCCGCAGCUGCUGGAGCAACAGCAGCAGGAGCUGGAGUCGCACACCAGACGCAGCAGCGUGCUGCUCAUGGUGCUGCUCAGCGGCAACGAGAUGGAAGCCAAGGCGGUGGUUGUCAGCGAACAGAAGUCCCUGAGGACAACGCCGCAGCGCUUGUCCCGAUCCCAUGCCGACGACAUAGACGAAGCCAUCGAUGCGCUGUGGCUGUAAAUUGAGCACGCCCACAACAGU